CGUCACUUUCUUGUCGUUUUCUCCCCGGCCCCCCACUCUCUUUCUCUCUCUACUCUGGAUAAGUACUGACUAUUCCCGGCCACACUCAGACCCAUACACCGACUAACAAAUUUUACUUCGCCGCCGCGGCCGAUCGAGACGAUGCUGGCUGUUUUUGAGCGCUCCAUAGCGAAGCCUCCGCCGGAGCUCAGCCGUCCGCUUGCGGCGGGGAUGCGCCCGGCGUGCAGGUCCAGGCAGGAGAUCGCGGCGAGUUUCCGGUCACGGAGGCCGGACACCACUCUGUACAACCUUGCUAACGGCAACUUCCUCGGGCUCACUCACGGUGGCGAAAAUCCUCUGCACCCAAGAUCCAUAGUGGUGAUGGAGGACAUAUUCUGCAUCUUCUCUGGGGUACUGGACAACACUUGUGACUUGAGGAGAUACUAUGGCCUCUCAAGGCAAGCCACAGAGGCCAGCAUUAUGGUGGAGGCUUACAAGGUCCUCCGGGAUAGGGCACCCUACCCUCCAGACCAAGUCAUCAAGGGCCUCAACGGCAAAUUCGCCUUCAUCCUCUUCGACUCUAAAGCCUCCACCCUCUUUCUCGCCCGGGAUCGUGAAGGAAGCGUGCCGCUUCAUUGGGGAGUCGCGGCGGAUGAGUCUUUGAUGUGUAGUGAUGAAGCGGAGUUUGUCAAUGCUGCUUGUGGGCAAUGUUACACUCCUUUUCCUCCGGGGUGCAUAUUCAUAAGCGGGAGCGGGCUGACGAGCUUCGACCACCCGAUGCACAAAGUGAAGGGGACGGUGCGGGAGGGGGAGGGAGGGGUGAUCGACGCUGUGAUUUUCCAGGUCGAUUUCUACACCAGACUCCAUAGCAUUCCCCGCCGCGGCAGCGCCUCCAACUGGGCCGAUGCCGCCCUUGUCGACGGGGAUCAAAUUAAUUAGUUAAUUAAUUACAGAGUAUGAGUUAAUAAUUAAUAACUCUCAUGAUCGCGCGCUUGAAGAACUCCGUCGUCGUCGUCUAUCCCUAUAUAUAUGUCUCUUGUAUUUACUAUGUAUGUAUGUGUUUGUUUUCAAACUUUUAAGCUCGGUUUUAGUUUGGUUUGGGCGUGUGACUUGUGAAUGAAGAGAAUGAUGCUUGUGUUCAAUAUUACAACAAAAUUGUAAAGAUUAAAUAUGUUUUCACCUUGGUUCCCAUAAUGUUGAGAUUCAGUGUCAUGAGAUGACCUGAAGUUCAUACGAUGUUCCUUUGAAAAAUUAAUGGUUCCUACCCCC